CGCCUCCUGACGUCUUCUGUCGGAGCACAAAGUGGAGUCGCACCUCCUCCUCUUCCUCCUCCUCCUCCUCUUCCUCAUCCUCCUCUUCAUCCCGCCGGAUCCGCCGCGGAUCGGCCUUUUAUUUCUGAGUUUUUAUUACAGUGCGUCGCUUUUCUCCGGCUGAAGGUGAAUCUCUUUGUGUCGGCGGGAUGCUGAUGGCCGCCGCCCCCCCAUCCUCCUCCUCCUCCAGCUCCGUCCUCAGCAUCAGCACCAGCAGCACCAGCAGCAUCAGGACCAGCAUCAGCACCAGCGCCGCCGCAGGGCCGUCGGGCCGCGCAGGCCGGCCGGGAUUCAGCCCCGCAGCUCGGCUCCCCUGCUGAGCUCAGUCUGCGCGGACAUGCGGGCCGACGACUCCCACGACGGACUGAGGUGCCUGAACUGACCCCCCGGCCGAUCUCCGACCCGCGACCGCAGCCGAUCCACCAAGCGACCGUCGCCGUCGACGCCUUCGUCUCCAACCUCUCCGCCACGAGGGGGCAGCGCCAUGACCGGGGGCCGGCGGAGGGAGUCCCCACCUUCAGCACCUUCAGGACUUCAGCAUCUGCUCGGGUUCUGCAGCGCCACGCGUUGAGACGGUUUAACCGAAGGCCGCGCGUCCGAGGACGGGCGGGGCUUUCAGCUUCCCGGGAGCCGACAGCAGACACGAUUGUCACUUCCUGAACUGAACUGUUGGACAUCAGCGGAUUGUAAAAAACAUCCUGAUUGUCGUUUUCCUUGGAUUUAAAAGUAUUCUGAAGUAUUCAUCAGCUUUAAACCUUUGCAACGUAAAGGUCUGUCCAGAAGGGGGAGCACAGAGAGACCGGGACAGACCCGUCCGGUUGGGGAGCCGUAGAGGACCGUAGUUCGGACAUCGGGCGUUAAAUCUCAGCGAGGCGCCAUGAUGAACCACCUGCACGCCGGCCUGAGCGCCGAGACCACGGAGAAGGCUCGGCUGGAGCUGAACGAGAACCCGGACACCCUGCACCAGGACAUCCAGCAGGUGCGGGACAUGAUUGUGACGCGGCCGGACAUCGGUUUCCUGCGAACGGACGACGACUUCAUCCUCCGCUUCCUCAGAGCCAGGAAGUUCGACCAGGUGGAAACCUUCCGCCUGCUGGCCCAGUACUUCCAGUUCCGGCAGCAGAACCUGGACAUGUUCCAGAGCUUCAAGGUGGACGACCCCGGGAUCAAGCGGGCCCUGAUGGACGGGUUCCCGGGAGUCCUGGACACUCCGGACCAGCAGGGACGCAAGAUCCUCAUCCUGUUCGCCUCCAACUGGGACCAGAGCAGGAACUCGUUCAUCGACAUCCUGCGGGCCAUCCUCCUCUCCCUGGAGGUUUUGAUCGAGAACCCGGAGCUGCAGAUCAACGGCUUCAUCCUCAUCAUCGACUGGAGCAACUUCUCCUUCAAGCAGGCGUCCAAGCUGACGCCCAACAUGCUGAAGCUGGCGAUAGAGGGUCUGCAGGACAGCUUCCCGGCCCGGUUCGGGGGGAUCCACUUCGUGAACCAGCCCUGGUACAUCCACGCCAUGUUCACCAUCAUCAAGCCCUUCCUGAAGGACAAGACCCGCAAGAGGAUCUUCCUCCACGGGAACAACCUGAACUCUCUGCACCAGCUCCUGCAGCCCGAGUGUCUCCCGUCGGAGUUCGGGGGGACGCUGCCGCCGUACGACAUGGGUAUCUGGGCCCGGACCCUGCUGGGGCCCGACUACAGCGACGAGGCCGAGUACACGCUGACCUACGACGCCCUGCACGUCCGGGAGAACGGUGGGGGGGGGGACAAGGACCUGAUGAAGAGGUCUCAGUCGACGAUGGAAACAGGAAGUCUCAGGCAGUCGGACAGAGAGACGAGCACGCCGCUGCUGGCCCUGGACUAACACACACACACACACACACACACACACACACACACACACACACACACACACAGUAUUACCUGAUCUGAACUCUGACCCCAAAUGAACACUACACACACUCAGAGUAUCUCUAUCUUUGUGAGCUCCUGGUGACACUAAGCUAGUUAACCGUAACCAGACUGUCACUCAAAGAGAAACAACCUCCAUUAAUGGACAGGUUCAUCAAAGGUUCAUGAGGACCUGGAUCAGACCUGGACCCGGGUUCUAGUGGUCUGUAGAGGACCUGCAAGUCUGGAUCUGGACCCUAGUGGUCUGUAGAGGACCUGCAGGUCUGGAUCUGGACCCUAGUGGUCUGUAGAGGACCUGCAGGUCUGGAUCUGGACCUGAGCUGGAACCAGGACUAGUAGACCUUUAAGUCCCACAAAAGUAGAUGUACACACACACACACACACACACACACACACACACACAUACACACACACACACACACACACACACACACACACACACAGACCCUCUCUGCCCCGUCUGAGCCCCGCGGUCCCGUCCGGGAGCCCCGUUCUGCCGCCGGCAGCACCGGCCCAGCACCGGUCCAGAAUGCCGCCACCCCACCACAGCUGCUCCCGUGUGUCGUCUCGCUUCAUCUUCCUCUCGCUCGGAAUCACGCGACUCAAACUCGGACAUUUCCCUCAACUUUUGAGUCGAACUAGAUUUGUAUAAAUAAAUCAAAGGAAACCAGGACCGGGCUGACCGUGGCAGCACCAGGGUACCAGGACCGCGGAGGACGGGCGGGGCUGACCGAGGCGGUGCCGGGGUACCAGGACCGCCACGGUGGCAGGGUACCAGGGCCGCGGAGGACGGGGUACCAGAACCGCGGCGGCGCCAGGGUACCAGGGCCGCGGAGGACGGACGGGGUACCAGGACCACGGCGGCUUCACGGCACCCAGGAGUAUUUAUUUAAACUAAGAUCUCUCUCACUGGACUACGGUGAAGACGCAGAGGCGAGGACUCGCCCGCUCGGGUCACCGAGGGCUUGGCUUUUGGUUGUUUAUCUGAACCAGCAGCUUCUGAAGACCCUCCAAAUGUAGAAAACUCACUGAAGAUGAAGAUAUGUGUAUCAUGUCUGAAUGUGACGAACCGAACCAGUUACAGUCUCGUGCUGAACUUAGUACCCCGUCUUCUAAUGGAGCUUUUCCACCAGUACCUACUCGGCUCAGUUUGGUUCUUUUCCACUCGGUUCGGAAAAAAGUCGAAAUGUCGAGAAAAAAGUCAAAAUGUUGAGAUUAAUGUUGAAUAAAUAAUUUCGAGAAAAAAGUCGAAAUGUAUUUCAACUUUAUUCACAAAAUUUCGCCUUUUUUAUCAAAAUUGUAUUUCAAAAUUAAUCUCGACCUUUCAACUUUUUUCUCGACAUUUCAACUUUUUUCUUGAAGUGCACAGUAAAAAGAAAUCUUCCCCUCUCAAAUAUUUUUUCUCCUGCACGGCCCUGAUACUCUUCCGUACAAAUGUUGAAAUGUAAUAUUUAUUCUACACAUUUUUACAGCAUUGGAAAACGUUAAGAAUAUUUGUGUCAAUGUUUGUCCUCCUACAGAAACCACAUUAAAACAAAAAAUAUAUUUCCCUCCCCAUCGAUUUCUAUUUUCAAACAUUUUUGAAAAAGCUCGCGGAGCCAAUAAGGCGGCGCUAGAGAGCCGCAGGCUACCGACCCCUGGUUUAGAUACGCAAUCAAAUACGUCACAGCAGCUUCUCCAACCUCCUACUUCUGCUCCAGGAGCUGGAUUGUAGUGGAAAAGAAACCAGGCCGAGUCGAGCCGAGUAGGUUCUGGUGGAAAAGUGCCAUAAUCUUUUGUUUGUUUGUGUACAAAUAGAAUAAAAAGCAGGGGAAUGUUUGUGUUCGGCCGAUCAGCCUCAGAUGAAAAACAACCGCCGUCAAUAACUGGACGAAGGUAAAGCCACAGAAGAGAAGCUGGUUUUCCCCCGUAGACUUUCUCUCCCCGACUCUCUCGGUCCCUCACCCGGUUCUGGGGGGUUCUGGUCCAGAACCAGAACUGCUCCGGUUCUGGUCCGGAACCAGAACCAGAACUGGUCUGGUUCUGGUACGUAGGGGCUCAACACAUGAAAAGGGUCACACCUUAGAUCUGGCCUGUUCCUUGUACCCGGGUUUACGGGUCCCAAGGUCUCUAUGCUGGGACCUUCAGGUCUCCACGGGUCCCUGAAGGUCCCACCAGAACCUCUGAACCAGGUUCAGGUCUGGACCUGGACCAGGUCCUUCCAGAACUCCGGGUACUCGGGGUCUUUGGGUUUGACUCUCUAAAAUAAUGGACCAGUGAACGAGGUUGCUGUUAUUCAUCUGAGGCUGGUGGUCCUGGUACCCCGAUCCCUGAUCCAGAACCCUAACCCUGACCCACUGACGGGUCUUCAGGACUCCAACCCGUCUCAUUCCGAACAUCAUCUCAACCAAAAAGAGGCGGCGGCGAGGCUGUUCCAGUGAAGGCUGCGGUUUACUCAGUUUUCUAAACUUUUCUAAGCUGCUGCUUUUGGUUUUUGUGUCCAACUGUACCAGUUCCGACCACAGAACCCCAGUAUUUGUGCUCCUCGUGCGUCAGGUGUGAACAGGUUUGUAAUAAUACUGCCCCCCCGUGGCCGAACACGACCCGACUGGUUCAUCCGGUUCAUCCGGUUCAUCCGAACGCGAAUGAAAAAAGUCCCGAUUCUCCUUCUUUGGUAGCUUGUGGAAGUUCUUGUGCUUCACGUUGGUAGAUUGUUUUCACCGUUUUUUCCUACUGGGCACGACCACGAGCACUCAGACCCCCCCACCCUGAAGGGAUAGACCCCCCCCACCCUGAAGGGAUAGACCCCCCCCACCCUGGACAGGUGGACCC